AUGAAUAAAAUGACUUUUGUUAAUCAAGUUAAACAUCUAAAUCUUGGUUGCAUAUUCGCACGUCUAGUGUUUUAUAAGCCGCGGUGUUUGGGUUUAAUCAGUAGGAGAUAUUUCAAUAAUGUUGGAAAUCAGAUGCAAGAAAUAUUUCAUCUCCUGAUCCCAUCUUUAAUUAAUGAACACCCUGCUAUUUCUUACGCAAUUAAAUGUAACAUCUUAGAAAAUCUGAGUGAACCAAUCACAAAAUCGUGUGUAUCAACUUAUGUGAAUUUCGAAUUCAUCCUCAUAAGGGCAAUCAGGAUUAUUCAAAGUCAAAAUGUAACUGUCAUGACAUCAUCAUCAAACACGAUAAGCAUAAAUGACUGA